AUGUUACGACGAAAAUCGCUGGUGCAGGAGGAGCCGGAAGAUGAAGCGACGCUUGAAGCACAACUUUUUUCACGUCUACAGAGUGGUCCAGGAUUGUCGAUCGCGUUGAGAACACAGCUUAAAACAGGCUUGGUGUAUGACUCAGCAAUGGCCAAGCACCAUUGUGUUUGUGGUAAUAACAAGAAUCACGUGGAACACGGUGAACGUGUACAACUGGUCUGGUCGCGAUUGCAAGAGCGUGGCUUACUGGAGAAAUGUGAACGUGUGCUGGCUCGAAAGGCGCCCCUGGAAAUGCUACGAACCGUUCAUGCCGCAACAUAUGUCACCUUUUUUGCUGUAUCACCAACAGCUUGCCUCGAGAUGGAACCUUCACAACUUCCAGUGAAAAGUUUUGUGCAACUUCCAUGUGGUGGUAUUGGUGUGGAUUCAGAUACCUAUUUUAACGAUGCUUCAACGCAGCUAGCGGCACGUAUUGCCGUAGGCUCAUUGGCC